CUUUACAGUGAGGUACAUUAUCAUAGCCUGCUUUAGGUAGCCUGCUUGCCCACUUGUCUGCGUUUAGGUACAAUACCUACCUAGAUUACAUACAUCUGCAAUUACAGUGCAGUACAUAGGCACAGCACAUACCACAUACAUGCCACAGCACUACAGCAGCAGCACAUUGUACCGAAUCACCGUUCCCGCAUCAAAUGCAAGCGCUGUCCGACUUAUACUGUACAUACGGAGUAGGCUCCCUCUAGCCUCUCACCUUCUCUAAACCACCUGACUUAGAUCUUCUUUUCGUCCCUUUUCCCACCUCGUGAAUAUUACCAAGGAUCUCUCAACAUCACUUCUUUUUACCUCGUCGUUGCUUGCUUUACAGAGUGAACGUGGCCACUAAUUUCCUUCCCCUUCUCUCUUAACUCUCUGACAUAGUCACUUGUUAUUCUCCGCUGGCGUUUCGACUUGCCUUGCUAUUUAUCAUCAUUUCGGCUACACGGCCCUCCCUCCGUGUUAAGACACACUACUGCUGAUCGGGUUUCCUGAAAGUCUUCGAUAGAGAGGAGAGAAGUCUUGUGUUGUGAUCCUACGAUGAUGGCGUCUAAUACAAUUGCUAUCCCAGCUGUCCGGUCCUCGGCUGCUGCCUACGACCAGUCUCCCAAGGCUACAACUAGCUCAUCUUCGUCAUAUUCAAGUUCUCCGCAAACCCCUAGUCCUAGUCCUAGUGAAGCGUCCUCGGUGCAGUCGGCACGCAAAUUGAAAUCAAUCCACCACCAUCGCCGACCUAGUUUAUUGAGCUCCGCCUUCUGCAAGGACGAAUGCACCGUUAUCAACAUCGGAGAUCCUGAUGGGGCACCUCGAUUGAUCUCAUACCUCGCCUCUAGUCAAGGGUUCGCCUGGAACCCCGAACUAUUCGUUCCGUCCUACGUCGAAUGCAAUUACAUACCCCUGGAAAAUCGGAGGGAACCCGUACACGAGAUCCGACUCAGUGACGAAGAGAUCAAGGGGAUGCUACCAUAACCGAUAAACCCCGUCUAGAGGCCCCCCCACUUGGGAUUUGUCUAUAGCGUCACUGCAAUCGAUCUCACAGAGCGUCGUUUCUUCC